AUGAGUUUACCUAAUCACUCUAAAAAACCUGAUAGAUUAAUGAAAACAUUAUUUAUAUCAUAGCCUAUCAUUUUUUAAUCAAAAGGAUUAAGUAAAAGUGAUAUGGUUAUGGAGACUGGUUAAGAUUUCAUAUCCACAAAACCUUCAGCAUUUUAGACAUUUGAAAGUUAGAGUUUAUAAAAAUAAAUGUAUGGGAUUGGAUUAAAUACAGGAAGAUUUUUAGAUAAUCAAGAAUAAUUAAGAUAGGAUAAAACUAAAAAAAGAGUUUUAAAGCCAGGAUAAAUAAGUACAUUAGAACCUUUGACCUAGAAAUCAUCUACUUAAAAUAUAUUUCAAGGUAUAAUUUGUGUAUUUUUCUUAGAGGCAGAAAAUGAAGAACGCAAAAAAUUCAUUGAUUAUACAGGAGGUCCUAGAUUUGAAAAUGAAAAAUAAGAUAAAUUGAUCAAAUACUCAGUAGUAGGAUAUUAAUAAUUUAUGAAAACUCAUUAAGAAAAGUUAAAAUUAGAUUAAAAAAGGAAAAAUAAAUAAUAUACUAAUAAUGGUGCUACUGAUGAAUCUCUUAUAGAGGAGUAAUAACCAUUGAAAACAAGUUAAUUUAGUGAGAAAAUAAUAUAGUAAAGCAGAAAAACACCCAAAAAAAAUAGAGGAGAUUAAAAAUUUUUGAAUAAGAGAGAUUUAGUAUAAAUUAUGAGAGAUACUGAAAAGAGAAUCAAAGAAGGGUAGAAAGAAAUAGAAGAAUAAGAAAGAAAAUUACCUUAAAAUGUAAGAAAUGCAAUUACAAGAGAAGAAAGAGCAAUGAAAAAACAUGAAGUUGUGAAAGCUUUAUGGGAAAAUGUUAAUAUUUAAGUUUCCUCGAAUUGUUUUCGUUAACCUGAAGAAACCAUUAUGGCUAGAUCAGAUUAAUAUAGAGAGAAAAAUCAAAUGGUAUAAGCUUUAGAAUUAUGUAAAGGGGAUGACGAAAAAAAUAAUAGUCGUUAUUGGUAUUUGAGAUUAAGAUGGUAUGAUCACAAAGAUUCAAGACCUCCCUUUACUUUAUUAACAUAAAAGAAUUCAUAAUAAAGUGAAAGGAAAUUUGAAAAUAGACUUACAAAUAGAUUUGUUACUGAUACUGAAGCAGAACGAUUAUACCAAUAAUAAUAAUUUGUAUUAUCUGAUAUUUAAUCUAAUUUCAAUGCCAAAUUAAUAGAAAAUCCUUUUAAAUAAGUUGAAACUGUUAUAUCAGAAUAAAAAUUAAAGUCAUAAGAGAAAUCAUUAUCAAAUUAAUCUAAUCUUUAAGAUUCUCCAAAAUCUAAAUUAUAUUCAACUAAAUUAGAAUAGAUGUAUCAUUAGAAAUUGAAAGAAAAACCAAAAAAAAAGUUUGUUGAUUGUUAAGAUUAUUUAAGUUUAAUAGGUGAAAGUCAAUAUCAAAGAGAAUUAAGAAUGUUAAAAAGAGAGUAAAUAUAAGAAUUCAAAUUAGCAGAAAUACCUAAUGAAGAAUAAGAAGUGAUGAUUAAUACAUGGAACUCUAAGAAUUUGGCAAGAUCAGGUGAGCAGAUAUUGUUUUGAUUAUAAUAUUUAUUUUAACGAAUUUAUAUAUGUCUUCUAUAGAAACUUAAUAGGAAUUAUGCAAAUUUUUUAUAUUAGUAGUUAAUGGAAUGAGGUAUAUAUAAUAAUAUAGAUAGAGACGAUUAGAAAAGUGUUUAGAAUUCAUUUAAGAAAUUACAGAUCAUAAAUAUAUACCUCCUUUUUUUUAAAAUUCAGUUUGUAGAAUAGAGUAGCUUUAAGUUUACUUACAAUCUUAUGGGAUAGAUACAUAAAUUUAUGAAUUAAAAGACUUGAUUGGAAGACUAGGAGGAUUUGAAGAUAGAUUAUUAUUCAGUCAAUUUUAGGAUAGAUAUUUGAGAUAAUCUGGUAAUAAUAUUGAGAAAAAAGAAGCAGAAAUAUCAUUUUUAAGAUUACUCUAUGAAGAAAUUUAAUUAGAAAGAUAGUUGGAUGAUCAAAGAGUAAGGAUUUUUAAAAGAUGGGAUUAUAAUUUAGAUAUACUUUAUAAUAAAUUAUCUUCUGGAAGCAAUUCUGUAGAUUUUAAUAAGAUGAAAAAGUUUUUUGUACGUAUUAGAUAGAAUUUGAUUGAUGAAGAAAUAAAAAUAUUAUUAAAAAGAGUAGGUAAUGGAGAUGGGACUAUAAUGAGUUUAGAUGAUUUUAGAUAGGCUUUAAAAACACAAAAAUAAAGAGCUAUGGAUAAGAUUUAAAUUCCUAUGAUGAAAACUAGUAUUGUAUUUAAUAAAUAAAUCAAUAAUACAAGUUAUAUGGAUAGAUUAAGAAGAAGAUAUAAACCUCUUUAAACAACAUAAUCUUUUAUUUAAAAAGAUGGUUGUCAAACUCCAAGAGCUAAAACACCAACGCCUUGUCAUAAUACAGAGUUAAAACAAACAAGAACAAAAACACCUAAUUAAUUAACAGAAUAAAAAGUAUAUGUCAAUGAAAGUAAAGAAAUUAAUACAUUAAUGUCUAUAUACUUAAAUUAAUAAAGAUGCUUAUAGAAUGUAUUGAUGUAAUUAGAUGAAGUAACACUUUUAAAAUCUCUAAAUUCAAUUGAUUGGCAUAAAGAAUGGUAAACCUUUAGUGUUAAUUCAUAAGGUAUAUCUUAUGAACAUUUUAUUAAUAUUCUAACAUAUUAUGAUUAGAGAAAGCCAUUUAAAGACAAGAUUAACAUCAUAGAUUUACCAACUUCUGCUCUUACUGUAGCAGAUAAUCUUUUUUAAUUAUUAAGAGAUUAAGAAAAUCAAUUAUAAAAAUCGAGACUUUAAUAUUCAAAAUAAGACUAAAUUAAUUCUUUAGAUAAAUAUUUUGUAAAAGGAUAUAUGGAUGUAUUAGAUAUUUUAUAGAUCUUAUAAAAAUGUACAAUAACUAAUGUCAGUUUAUAAGAUGCAGAAUUGAUAAUUGCUAGAUUUAAUCAAUUUAAUGGAAAUAAAUAAAUUACAAAAGAAGUAUUUCUAAAUACAAUUACUUGA